AUGGGUUUAUUCAUUGGACUCCUAGCAUGUGUUGUGUCCUCCGUAUUUUUUGGUUCAAUGUUUGUAGCUCUGAAACGAUGCAACGCAGGAGACGGGAUUUUCGCGCAAUGGGUCACCUCUAUGGCGAUUUUAUGCGUGGGUUACGUAGUCUUUUGGUAUCAGAAUUUUCCUGGCUUCUAUCCACUUGCCAUGCUGGGAGGACUGUUUUGGACAAACACUUCUGUGUUUGAAGUAGACAGUUUUGCUGACGAGAGUAUUAUUCAUCUGAUGAUAUCAAAUCAAAUUGAAUUUGUGACGUUCGGAAUUCCCCUCCGUGUUCUUGCUCCGAUCCCACCUAACGUAGCUAACUCUACUGCUGUUCCUCUUAUCAACCGGAUUGGUCUAUCGACAGGAAUUCUUAUAUGGGGAAGUGCGAAAUGUCUAACGGGUUGGGUGACAGGAAGGUUUGGUGUGUUCGGUAUGAAACCAAAUCCGCCAGCUAGUGAUUUGCUGAACUAUACGGGACUAACGUUGGUGAUUUUAGGGGGUUUCAUGUUUUCUUUGGUAAACGCAAAACCAAACCGUACACUCGCACUGAGGCUUAUUCAGAAUGAAGAGGAACACAUUUCUACAGAAGAUACCGAGAACGAGAGUUACGUAAGCAAUUCAUCUUCGUGCGAAACUUCAACAGCAGAAGAAUUCUCAGUUAGAAUAGGGGGACGCGAAAGAGCAAUGUAUUCCUCAAAGAUAUCCAUGGGAGGUGAUGCGUCCAUCUUCAAAGUCCUUUUUGUACAGAUGUCUGAUCACAGCUACAGAUAUCCCAACUAUCCGAAAGAUGGACUCGCUUAUGUGCUGUCACAUUUUUUCGGCAUAUUUGUUUCUGCAACGAUAAUUUUCAUAGUCUACGGAAUUGCUAGGAAAAAUCAACCUUAUGCAUCUCCAGAGCUUGUGCUGCCGGGUUUCCUAGCUGGUUUAUUGUGGGGAGUUGGGCAAUCCGCCUUCUUUGUUGCAAAUCAGCAUCUUUCACAGGCGAUUUCAUUUCCUAUAAUAACGGGACUUCCCGGAUGUGUUGCAUCUGCAUGGGGAAUUUUUUACUUUCGGGAAAUCACAGCAUCACCCCACGAAUCUGGAGUGAUAUGGAUUUCUGCCGGCUAA